UUCUUUCUGACAUUUUGUAGAAUUAGCCACCACUGCCACUUGCCAGAGUGAUGCAGAGAGAGUUGACUGACUUCACAAAAGUCGUUUGAUCGACCGGAUGAGAGUGACUGGGGAAAUAGUCAGCUGAACUCAUAGCGAAUGAGACAUGCUGGUCCAAUGAACCUGGGACUUUGACUGGCUUCACAAAAGUCGUGUGAUCGGCCAAAUGAGUUUGACUGGGGAAGAGACAUUUUAGUAAAAUGAGCCUGGGACUUUGACUGGCUUCACAAAAGGCAUGUGAUUGGCAAUAUGAGAGCGAACAGGGAAAUAAUCCGCCGAACUCAUUGCAAAAGAGAUUUUGGUUCAAUGAGCCUGAGCCUGUGCAAGUAAUUUCAUUCCUGAAGAGGUGAGUCUGAUACCGGCACUACUACCACCACCCCUUUUGGUUAAUUUGUGUUCCUUUUCUAGCUCUCUCUUAUGUGUUAAACUUUGCCAACUUUAACUUCAACAUUUGUUGUAUUCCUGUCUGGUCACACUUUCAUAGGGAGCUUUCCUUGGUCUUUUGUGUUGCUAUCGGUUGAAUUUGCAUUUGUGAUAUUCAGUGAGCAAAUAUUUGCGAGUUGGAUUUAAAAGAAUUAUAUGGUAUGGCACUCGCCAGAUAUUAGUAAUCCAUGGGUGGCUGCAUCUAGCCGCCUGGUGGAAGCUUCGAAGGUCCACAUCCCAGUUUGAAUUGAAUGAGUCCAAAAUGGAUUGUAGCGACUCGUCUGGUCAGUCAGCUGAACAUACUUGUUCAGCUCAACCUCUUACAUUCUAUCUAUAUAUACAACACCUUCUUCCUUCUCCAAAUAUCAGAGCAGAGCAGCAAUGUUCUCCAUGCCUCCGCUCUUCAUAUUAUCACUCGGGCUUCUCCUCUUCCACACCACUCCUUGGUCAUCCUCCUUUGUAGCUGCAAACAAUGAUACUCUCAUGGCAGGCCAAGUUCUCGCGGUCGGGGGCAGGAUCGUCUCAAGAAAUGGCAAGUUCGCGCUUGGCUUCUUUCAGUUCCAGCCAGCAAGCGCCAUCAGUAAGUCGUCCUACAACACCACAUCUCCAAUCCCCAGCUUGUGGUACCUUGGCAUAUGGUUCAAUAAGAUCCCAGUUUUCGCAACAGUAUGGGUUGCUAAUAGGGAUCAGCCCAUCACCAACCCCAGCAUCAACCAAACACGGUUCAAGAUAUCAAGUGAUGGCAAUCUUGUCAUCGUAAACCAUGCCGCCAACAAUGAAUCCAUUGUUUGGUCCUCUCACAUUGUAAAUAAUAGGACACACAUCAACACAAACAACACUAGUGUCGCUGUUCUCUUGAACAGUGGAAACCUUGCCUUCAAAGAGAGCCCGUUAUCUGACCUACCGGUCUGGCAGAGCUUCGACUACCCAACAGAUGUUAUACUUCCUGGUGCAAAGUUUGGUCGGGACAAGGUCACUGGUUUCAGUCACCAGGCCAUCUCAAAGAAGAGCCUGAUUGACCCGGGUCUUGGCUCAUACUAUUAUGAACUAGAACAAACCAAGGGGCUCGUCCUCAAGCGCCACAACCCCUCGGUAGAAUAUUGGCUUUAUGCAUCCUCCACAAAAUCAUCGUUGAAUCUUGUACCAAUGCUCAAGGCAGUGCUAGAUAUGGAUCCUCGCACCAAAGGUUUGAUAAAUGCAACAUAUGUUGAUAACAACCAAGAGGAGUACUACAUGUACAUAUCGCUUGAUGAGUCGUCUUCCUUUUUUAUCUUACUGGAUAUCUCUGGUCAGAUAAAGCUUAAUCUUUGGUCACAAGCUAAACAAUCUUGGCAAACCAUAUAUGCCAUACCCGAUGAUCCCUGCAUUCCUCCUGCUACUUGUGGACCUUACACGGUCUGCAAUGGCAAUGCACAUCCAUCAUGUGACUGUAUGAAGAGCUUCUCUCAGAAGUCACUGCAGGAUUGGGAAUUUGAGGACAGAACAGAAGGAUGCAUCAGAAAUAGACCAUUGCAUUGCACUAGUGACAGAAACAUCACAAGUUCAACGGACAUGUUCCAUCCCAUUUCUCAAGUUACAUUGCCCUACAACCCGCAGAGCAUAGUCGUUGCUUCUACUCAGAGCAAAUGUGAAGAAGCUUGUCUCAGUUCCUGCUCCUGCACUGCUUAUUCCUAUAACAAUAGCAGAUGCUAUGUCUGGAAUGGGGAAUUGCUUAGUGUAAAUCUUAACAACGGCAUUACUAUCACUUCUAAAGAUGUUCUUUAUCUCCGUCUUUCUGCCAAAGAUUUCUUGCCAAGUUUGAGAAAAAACAAAAGAAAACCAAACGUUGGAGUUGUUAUUGCCACAAGCAUUACUGGGUUUGGGUUACUCAUUCUCCUGUUCUUGUUACUGAAUUGGAGGAACAAAUUCAUGUGGUGUGGUUUGCUGCCAUUAUACUAUGACAAUCAAGGUAGUGUUGGCGGGAUUAUAGCCUUCAAAUAUACUGAUUUAGUUCGUGCUACUAAAAACUUCUAUGAAAAGUUAGGUGUUGGAAGUUUUGGUUCUGUAUACAAGGGAGUGUUAAGUGACUCGAAGACUAUUGUAGCAGUGAAAAGGCUUGAUGGUGCCCGUCAAGGAGAGAAGCAAUUCAGGGCUGAGGUGAGCUCAGUUGGACUUAUCCAACACAUAAACCUAGUCAAAUUGAUAGGUUUUUGCUGCGAAGGUGAUCACAGAUUACUUGUGUAUGAGCACAUGUUAAAUGGGUCUCUUGAUGGGCAUCUAUUUAAGAAGAGCAAUGCAAAUGUUGUGGUCCUGAAUUGGAACAUCAGAUGUCAGAUAGCCCUAGGAGUUGCUAGAGGAUUGUGCUACCUGCAUCAGGGUUGUCGUGAGUGCAUCAUACACUGCGAUAUUAAGCCAGAGAACAUACUUCUGGAUGAAUCAUUUGUUCCUAAAAUCGCAGACUUUGGGUUGGCUGCGUUUAUGGACAGGGAUUUUAGCCGAGUUAUGACUACAUUCAGAGGGACUGCUGGUUAUCUUGCCCCAGAGUGGCUUGCCGGAGUUGCAAUCACACCAAAAAUUGAUGUUUAUGGCUUUGGCAUGGUACUUCUGGAAAUCAUAUCAGGAAGGAGGAAUUCCCCAAUAGAAAUACCAUACAACACUAGAAGCAGCAGUACCAGGUACCAGAAUGUUGUGGAGUAUUUCCCUGUGCAAGCCAUCAGCAAGCUUCAUGGUGGAGAUGUCAAGAGUUUGGUGGAUCCACAGUUGGAUGGUGACUUCAAUUUGGAAGAGGCUGAGAGGGUUUGCAAAGUUGCAUGCUGGUGCAUCCAAGAUAAUGAGUUUGAUCGGCCGACUAUGGGUGAAGUGGUCCGGAUUCUCGAGGGUCUACAGGAGAUUAAUAUGCCCCCAAUGCUGAGACUACUUGCAGCUCUAACAGAACAGUUUGGUGCUGUAACUUCAGUGUAAUAUUAAUAAUUCGUAGGGUGCUUCACAUACGAUCGAUGUUAUUCAUCUUUGUUUCAGCAACUUCUCUUUAAAAUUGUAAUCUGGAGUGGAAGGAAUAAAGGAAGAAGGCAAGCUUUCAGUUGCGAAA